AUGGACACCGUCAACCAAACCAAAGUCACGGAGUUUGUUGUGGUGGGCUUUCCAAACCUCCAGCGCUUCCACAAGGCUCUCUUCCUUUUGCUCCUCCUGGUCUACCUCUUCACCAUCUUCGGCAACCUGCUGAUUUUCACCGUCAUCCGCACAGACUCUCAGCUCCAUACACCCAUGUACUUUUUCAUCAGCGUCCUGUCCUUCUUGGAGAUCUGGUAUACGGCCACCACCAUUCCCAAGAUGCUCUCCAACUUGCUCAGUGAGAGGAAGCGCAUCUCUUUCACCAGCUGCCUCCUGCAGAUCUAUUUCUUUCAUUCAUUGGGGGCCACUGAAUGCUACCUGUUUACGGCCAUGGCGUACGACAGAUACCUGGCGAUCUGCAACCCACUGCGCUACCCAGCCAUCAUGACCACCAAGCUGUGCACCAGAUUGGCCGCCACCUGUUGGAUCUGUGGCUUGGUAGGCCCCGUUGCUGAAAUCAUCUUGGUUUCCAAGCUGCCCUUCUGCGGCCCCAACAAAAUCGAGCAUAUCUUCUGCGACUUCCCACCUCUGCUCAGCUUGGCUUGUACUGACACUUCUGUCAACGUCCUGGUUGAUUUUGCCAUCAACGCUUGCAAGAUCCUGGCCACCUUCCUUCUGAUUUUGACUUCUUACCUGUUGAUCAUCAGGGCCAUCCUUAAGAUCCGCACGGCUGCCGGCCGGAAAAAAGCAUUCUCCACCUGCGCCGCACACCUCGCUGCGGUGCUAAUCUUCUUCGGAAGCAUUUUGUUCAUGUACGUCCGGCUGAAGAAAAGUUAUUCCUUGGAUUAUGACAGGGCACUGGCCGUCGUCUUUGCUGUCCUGACCCCUUUCCUUAACCCAAUUAUCUACAGCCUGCGAAACAAAGAAAUCAAAGCAGCUUUAAAGAGAAUGUUCCAGUGCCGGAAAAUAGUGACUAGAGAAACAGAGCGGCCUUAA